UUCCGGGAGCCCAUUCAGCUCGCUCUCUGUCGUCGACGGGCUGCCAGGCUGCUUCAGUCGACACGACCUCCGUCCCUGGCCACAACAGACGGCCCUGCAAAAGAUCGAAACUAUUGGUAACAGUUUCGUCACAUGUGACGGUACUUGCUAGCAUUACCCCAGUGUGGCGGAAGGAGGGAUGUUACGUUCCAGGAAAUCCGUACACCCUUCUGGCCCCUUUACCCCAGAUGUCGGCGCUGGCUCCCCUGGGGUCUUCCUUGGCGUGCAGCUUUAGCCAGAGCUCGAUCCUUGGAGAAGCUGCAAGGCAACAUUGCAGUUCGCCAAGUCCGUGCAGGCGUCCAGCAACCCCGGUUAACCAGGCCCUUCCAGGCACAGCUUGUUGACGGGGAGAGUCGAAUAGGACGCCGCGGAGCUCCUAGGCUGGACAGUAUUGUGGGCGUGGCGCACCGAAAGUAGAUCUGAAUCCGAUGGCUGGGCCGAGCCUGGCAACCCGGGGAAGCUUGUUGGCUCGACUCAUGGAGCUAUAUAAGACGCCCGAAGUAUUCCUGAUCCGGCCACCCGUGCCUGUCCCUUUGUUCUCUUUACCACAAUAUCAAGGCCCGCCGAUUCAAGCUUACACUGGUCACUCGCUUCUUUCACAUCUCCGCCCGACACCGAGUUCCGAAAGACAACCAGUCACUACCGCCAAUAUGAAGGUCACCCUCCUCGCCGCCGGCCUCGUCGCCACCGUCUUCGCCCAGGACCUGUCCAGCAUCCCCGAGUGUGCCCGGUCCUGCCUGACGGAUGCCAUCAGCCAGGACGGCCAGUGCCAGGCCACCGACGCGGCUUGCGUCUGCGGCCGUAUCGACCAGCUGACCACCCUUGCCACCGGCUGCGUCCUCAGCGCCUGCGGACAGGACGUUGCUCUCAACCAGGUCCUGCCCGCCGUCCAGACCUUCUGCACCAACGUUGGCUCUUCCUCCGGCUCUUCCGCCGCGUCCGCCCCAGCCAGCGCGACCGCCGCCUCCACCUCGUCUGAGGCGUCGGCUGCGAGCUCGGCCUCUGCCUCUGCCUCUGCCUCGGGGUCCGCCUCUUCUGCUUCUGCGACCGAGUCCCACUCCUCGGAGUCGGCCUCUCACACGAGCAUGGCGACCAGCGCCACUGGCAGCGCGAGCGCCACUGGUGCCUCGGCGACCGCCACCUCCAGCGUUGUCACCGCUGGUGCGGCCCAGUACGGCUCCGUCAGCGGCUUGGCUGCUUUCGUCCUUGGUGCUAUUGCCAUCUUCUAAAGAAGUGGCUAGGCCCCUGGUAUGACCGUCGGAGGAGUAUUCUGUUGGAUGCCAUUAGGAUGCCAUUAGGAUGCCGAAUCUGAAUCCAGUCCUUGUGUAUUUCUACACCUUGAGCGUGAAAAAAGAUUGGAAGUGAUGAGUAAUCUGCAUACUAGAGACCUCAGCAUACCCUGAAAUAAUAAUAAUAUCUCAACGCCCAAA